AUGCUAUCCCCAGGUAUCUCAGCUGUGUGCCAAGCGCUAUCGGCUUCAGUCGCUGAAUUUGUAACAUAUCCUAUCGCAUUAGUGAGAACUAGAGAACAAGCACACUUAGCUUCACCGAAUGUUGUAUUUAGGUACAAGGGCCUAUUUUCCACCCUAAACAAUUUGUACAGGUUGGAAGGACUGAAGGCACUCUACCGCGGUGUGUGGAGUAGCGCCUUGAUGGCCUCUUUUUCUUGGGGUGCAGUUAGGUACCUAUACGAACGUUUGGGUUGCUUCACUUUUUCAUCCAAAGAAUUUACAGACUGCAUGAUCAGGAGUAUCAUCUCAUCUUUCAUCACCACGUCCAUAGUCCACCCUUUUUGGAUCGCAAGACUGUCGCUACAGCUAGAAUCAAUUCAGGCCAAAAGGGCCGGCUGGUUUAUCAGCGGGAACACCGCUAAAUGGAUCUACCACACCUUUUCUAGACACGGGGCUAUGGGAUUAUUUAAAGGCUACUCAGCUUCGUUCACGUCGAUUCCUCAGAUAACAAUACAAAUGACAUUGUAUGAGUCACUAAAGGGGAGGAAAACACCGGAAGGUAACAGCACAUUGAGUUUUUUAAACCCAUAUCUACCGAUUAUUUACGGGUCUUUAUCCCGCCUAUGUGGCAGUUUAUGUACGUAUCCCGUCAUGGUUUCUCGAGCCCAAAUGCAAUGCCAACUGUCACCAUAUUUCCAACAGGGGAUCAUCAAAAACAUCGUCCACACCUACAAAAUGCAGAGUAUUUCAGGCUUGUAUGUGGGGUUUAAGUGCCAGAUAAUGAGAUCAUUGCUAUACGGCCUGAUCUUUUACACAUCGUACGAGACGUUGACCAAACUUGCCCUAAAACGUAACGCUUUACUCAAAACCUGA